GGUACAGGUACCGGUACAUCAUGAUCUGAGCUCUGUUCGUGCACCUCUCAACAGCAUGAGCUGGCUUCCAACCGAAGAUCCACGAUCCACCAUGUCAAAAUUGCAUGCCGAAAUGCGAAAGUCUUUCGAUAUUUCUGUGAUAAAGACCGCGGUCAGGUUGGAUGUUGCCAGAUGUUGUCUAUGUUGUCUUGAUCAACCAGAGCUCCUCGUUGAUUGAUCGAUUGAUUGCAACAUACCAUGUCCAAACGGUUGCCCGGCAUCCUUCUCUUCUUGGUAGUGGUAGUGCUAUGUGUGUUCUUUCAGAGUCGGUACCUUGCAGUGCUACUGCAACAGCAGGAGCUGAUUUCGCCACCUGCAGACCUCAUGCUGUCCGUCAAUCAGUGGGUGGAUUGCAUGGGAGCAAAUGGGUCUCAUCAGGGCAACACGGUCCAACCAAAAACAAAAGAAGUGGAGGGUGUGGUCGUUUUGGAUAUGCUGGGGUUUCUGGGAAACAAUAUUUUUGAAAUUGGGUUUGCCAACCGAGUGGCAAUGGAACUGAAUUGGAAAAUAGCGUACCGAAGUGGUUGGCGGUCUCCCUUUUUUGUCGACCCCAAGGCGGAAGAGUGCUAUCCUCAUGCCUUUUUGACGAAUUCUAAUUCUACGGAUAUCUAUGAAAACCAUCCAGUGUUCCAGGGCACUGGCAUUGGAAUGGAUCCGAGCUCCAACGUUCAGCUCGAGGCUUGGCUGGACAAAUUCAAGAAUCAAACGCAAACAGAUUCCAUGCCAUCUCUUCAACAACCUGCUGUUGUACAGUCGUGCCGGCACAGGAGCUGCAACUUUGCCCAUGUUCCAACCUAUGUGGAACCACUGAAAAACUCUACUAUCAAAGUGCUGUUCUUGCAUGCCUUUUUUAUUCAUGGAGGAUGGCUGGAAGAAGAAAAAUGGCGACACAAAAUGAGCCACUGGUUCGCACCCAUGGCAAAAUGCUGCCCUUCUCCCAUGCCGCCGGAAAAUGCUAUUGUCAUUCACAUUCGGGAUUUUGAAAGUGACCCCGACAAGAAAAUUGCGCACAAGCUGCGAUCCGUCCAACCCAGUGUGUACUUGGAAAUUAUGAAAAGCUACAAUCUACUGGACCCAGAUCGACCCGUGUGGGUUGUCUGUCAGCCUUCCAGUGUCGAUUCCAAAAUGGUUCAGGGAUUAAAGGAGCUACUACAACCACCAUUCAUCAAAGAGUUCCGGAUCAUGACGGGUGUUGAUGCCUAUGAUGCCUUUUGCAUUCUACAGAGGGCAAAGACACUACUCAUGUCCUAUGGCAGCACAUUUUCUCAAGCCGCAGCUUUGUCAUCCAUGUAUCCCGAUCCUGCUGUCCAUGUGCCCUUUGUGCCCAUGACGGGUGGUGUGUCGGAUGCAACCGCCUACAUUCCGACAUGGAAAUAUCAUUAUGUGGAGGAAACCAACAAGGAUUCCAUCAAGGAGUACGAAGCUCCCAAGGAAAGAUUCCGUUGGCGUUUGGACUGAACAGCCGAGUACCGGUAGCGACAAACGUUAUGUGAAGGUCCUGUACCUGGUAGAGGGUCUCUUUGAGAAAGCUACGAUGGAACAGAAAUUUGUGAGCGUUGACCUCGUUGUCCCCGCGGACGUGCGUUUGGUCCAAAUUGACAAUCAUGAAUGCGGACAGCAGAAGCGCCGCACUCCUCGCGCUACGCCCAUGACGAGCAAUGUCUCAAGCAUUCCAGCUUAGCUAUCGGGUCCUGGCUAAGUAACCCCAGGUUCAUUAAUGUCAACACGAUUCUUCUUGUAGUUCCAUAAUAUUAGUCCUUAAUUAACAUU